AGAACAACCAGCGUCUACCAACACCUGCGCCCGACCUCCCCGGAUGCUACAUGACCAAAUUCAUGGUCGUUGUUGAAUCUUGGGGACGUCACUGCAUUUGUCACACCCGACAUCACCACCAACGAGGUCCCAUUCAAUAAUCCGGAGAGACACCCAAACUAUUUAACGAUGGCUGCCGAGGCUGCGAAGAACCUACAAGGCAACCGCACCCGCCCAAGGUCUAUUGUUCCUGCUACCCCCCUGCCAUACGUGCAGAAGCGUAAGCUGGCAGGAGCUCCACGCAAAGAGAAGACAGAAGUCCCGUCUGAUACUACUGUUGAUAGCUGCACUUCAACUUCAAACACUUCGUCGGCGACAGUUGAGGCGUGCCGCUCGACUGAUACUAAUGGCACUUCCGAUCAAGAAACAAAGCAGAAGGUCGACACUGUAUACUCUGCUGCCUCCCCUUUGACUUCUGAAGUAGAAGAGAAUCAACCAUUGGACCUUCCUGACAACAACCUACGCGCCCACGAACAGGAGCACAGUGAACACGAGGUUACCACAGAAGGAUAUGAUGCUCACGAUCCUGUUCCAACUUCAUCCAACAAGCAACCUAACGCCUCGAAAUCUUCCUACAAUAUGCCUCCAGCACAGUUUGUCCCUAGCCAGCAUACUCUGCCAAACCGACCAGCUCUUGAUGCUGAAGCUUCGACAUACACAAAGUUCCAAGUGUCUGGUGGGCCUCACUCAAUGCACCAUACCCAUCCCAGCCAAGGAAGCAUGGUGUUCGGUGGCUAUUCUGAUUCGAACAACUCCUCGCCAGCGCCGCCUCUUUCGUCUGCAGGCAUGCCUCAAUAUCCAUACCCGCCGCCACCACCUACGAAUGGCCAUAUGCAUCACCUUUCCAACGGCUUCCAAGUCCCACCACCUCCGGGAUUUGGCUUCCAGCAGCAGCAUGGUAGUCAUAUUGUGCACAGUCCAGCGAUGGACGGCUUUUCCCGCCGGCAUCCACCACCUUUCCCACACCCGGAAGGAUACUCACCCUCAGCUACUCCUGGCAUAAACGAUAAUCGCCGACAGCAAUUUUAUGACCCGUCAACCUCUCAUAGCCUUCGCUCUCAUUCAUCGGCCCCUCAUGAGCAUGAUCCUCGACCCACCCAGUUUCCCAAUCCAAAUGCAACUUCUCGGGCGACCAACGGAAGCAAUGGCCAUACUGAUGAUGGCAAGGUUUACUACCAACCUCAGAUGAGUGGCCGCGGUGGUUCGGGCCUACACGGCGCUGUUCCACAUCCAUCCGUGGAUAACCUUGAUGGACUACUAGGCUAUAUCCAAGGCCAGUUUGCUGAUCCUACCUUCGCCGAUUAUACGCUGGAAGUACGAUACACGGAUGACCGUGCCAAACCAAUGCGUAUUCCAGGACACAACCUCUUGUUUGCCAGAAGCCCAACACUGAAACGUCUCAUGAUAGCCCAGGCCAACGACGGAAGCAGCGAAAGCUCGUCUCGCACAAUUUUAAUCGAGACUGCUGACCGAUUCCUGAGCUCAGAUGGGUUCUGGAUCGCAUUGCAGCGUCUCUACGGCGGACCUCUUCAUAGCCUGGAUACCCCACCAACUCCCGGCCGAAACAUGGAAGCCCAGAAUUUGGCGACUUCGAAUCCUGCUAGCUUCCAUAGGUUUGAUUUGGCCCUUGGCUACGCUGCUGCUGGGCAUAUUCUUCAAAUCCCUCCAGUCUUGAGCCGAGGCAUCGAAGUUGCAUGCCAUCUUGUCAACUGGCUUACGAUUGAGAAAGCCCUCGAUUUUGCACUCGAUGGAGGCCUCAGCUCGCAGUGGACUCUGGACAAUAACUUCAACGGAGUUUGUCCGAGCACGUACGGGCCAGCUGUCGACAUGCUCAUUCACAGUGCUCUCGGCUUCUUGAUCGCCAACUUCCCGCCUCACCUGGAUUUCGAUGUGACUGCCUCUGAGCCAGCAUUCAAUAGCCGCCUGCCUGUUCUCAGCAAGGCCAAGGUCUCAAAACACAACCCUCGGUUAAGCUCGAUCAAGUUCGGCGAUCAUCCUAUAGAAGAGCCUAUUAUCCCCACUCUCAAGAAUGCAAACGCUGCAUCUCUUAUUUCCGGGAUACUUAUCAACCUGCCAUUCCAGCUGCUGAAAUACGUGCUGGAAGCACCAUCUCUGGGGAGCCAUGAUUGGGCGACGUCUACUAUGCGUCAAACUGUUAUGCAGGAGGUCAUCAACGAGCGCGAGAAGCGUCGUAUUGGCGUCCUAAAUGAUAGGAGUGCUUCCAACGAUGUACGCAUGUCAAACCUGAAGGGAUGGCAGACCGCUGGGUGGCAUGAGGGAGUCGAAAACGAGGCACCUCACAAAAUGCCUACCCUGACCAGGACUUGGGUUGAUUUCAAGCUCCCAGAGUGAAAUGGCGAAAGGCCAUACACAACACAGACUUCGACUUGAAUAUUAUUACUACGACAGACUGCCGCGCCAUGCGUUUACCACAAGCGUUUUUGCAUUCGUCUUCAGCGUUAUACCGGUCUUGCAUAUAAGGACCAUGUUCGAUACGCGCUUUAUGAUACCAGUCAUCAUUGUGAAAAAGGGAGGGCCAACGGGUGGCUCGUGGCGAUGCAUAGAGGUACGAUUGGGGCGGGGAAAAGCAGCUGCUGGAAGGAAAAGGCCCUAAAUAAGCAUUAUAGCCGAAGGGAAGGCCCUUAAUUAAGUGAUGGGCGUAAAAAUAGGAAGCCACUAGGUAGCCAAACACGCAGGACUAGAAUCAUAGGAAUUAAUUCAAUGCGGUGGUCUUUAA